AACAAGGAAAUACUUGUGUCAUUUGCUUAUCAUUGAAGCAGCGAGGCACUUGCAUCUAAAUCUACAAAAACCCUUUACAGAAUCCACACAGAAAGUAAGACAUGGCUGAAUCAUCCACUCCUGCAAAGUUUGAGUUAUUAGCAACCAAAACUGUGCAAGAGCAACUCACUGAAGUAGAAAUACUAGUACCACAGAACUACAUUCUCAAAGAUGGAAUCCCACUUCCAGAUCCUUCUGUUGAGUUUAUGGAUGUUCCGGUGAUUGAUCUUGGUCUCCUUACACCUUACUCAGAAGGUGUCGAAGAACUUGACAAACUCAGAUCAGCUCUUAUUACAGGGUGUUGCUUUCAUGUAAUAAACCAUGGAAUGACAGCUGAAUUCCUUGACGAAGUACGUGAAAUCAUAAAACAGUUUUUCGCAAUUCCAGUGGAAGAGAAGCAGAAAUAUCUGAGGGAAGUCAACGAUUUUGAAGGAUAUGGGAAUGACAUGGUACUUUCAGAGCAGCAAACACUUGAUUGGACUGACAGACUAUACCUUACUGUAUAUCCACCAGACCAGCGCAAGUUGAAGUUUUGGCCUGAAAAUCCCAUAUCUUUUAGGGAUACUCUAGACCAAUUUACCAGUAGGUUACAGGUCAUAACAGAAACUAUCCUUAUGAGCAUGGCGAGGUCAUUGAAUUUGGAGGAAGAUUGCUUUAUGGACAAGUAUGGAGAACAAAGGAAAAUGGAGGCUAGGUUUAACUUAUAUCCUCCAUGUUCAAGGCCUGAUUGUGUCCUUGGUUUCAAGCCACAUUCAGAUAGUUCAAUAAUCACCAUUGUCUUGCAAGACAAAGAAGUGGAAGGUCUUCAAUUUCUGAAAGAUGAUCGAUGGUUUAGGGCUCCCAUUGUUCCUGAGGCGCUUCUCAUUAAUGUUGGUGAUCAAGUAGAGAUAAUGACUAAUGGACUGUUCAAGAGCCCAGUGCACAAGGUAGUGAUAAAUGGAGAAAAGGAGAGGAUUUCUUUGGCUGUGUUCUGUUUCCCAGAUUCAGGGACAGAGAUUAAACCCUUUGAUUGCCUCAUCAAUGAGUCAAGGCCAAGGUUGUACAAAAAGAUAAAAAACUACGGUGACAUCUUUUUCGAAUACUACCAGCAGGGAAGAAGACCAAUCGAAGCAGCAAUAAUGUAA